AUGCCAUCUGACACCUUGGAGAAGCAGACGGGAUCCCCCAUGGCUGGUGCCCCUGCAAACGGGUCACACACGCCGGACAAACCCAAAAACGCUAGCGAGCAUAGAAAGUCAUCUAAGCCCAUCAUGGAAAAAAGGCGAAGAGCAAGAAUAAACGAAAGUCUCGGCCAACUCAAGACGCUCAUCCUGGACGCACUAAAGAAGGAUAGCUCCAGACACUCCAAGUUGGAGAAGGCGGACAUCCUGGAAAUGACAGUGAAACACUUGAGGAACCUGCAGCGCGUGCAGAUGACAGCCGCGCUCUCCCCUGACGCCACCGUGCUGAGCAAAUACAGGGCCGGAUUCAACGAGUGCAUGAACGAAGUCACGCGCUUCUUAUCCACUUCGGAGGGGGUGAAUGUGGAGGUGCGCUCGAGGCUUCUCACUCACCUGUCCGGCUGCAUGGGUCAGAUGAUGGCCAUCAACUACUCGCAGCAGGCCCCGUCUCAGCAAGCUCACAUCGCCCAGCCCCUGCACGUCCAACUGCCCUCUACCUUGCCCAUCAACCCCGGCGCUGGCAUGGCCCCCAAACUCAGCCCAGCUGAGGCCGCUUCACCCAAGGUGUUCGGCGGCUUCCAGCUCGUGCCGGCAUCUGAUGGACAAUUUGCUUUCUUGAUCCCCAACCCAGCUUUCGCGGCAGCCACGGCCCCGGUGAUCCCCCUGUACGCAAACGCGGGGCUGCCGGUGGCUGUCAACGGACCCCCGGUGCCCACCGCCGCAUCCCCGGUCCACGGCAUGACCUCCUUCUCCGGGGGAUCUCAAGCAGUCAGCCCGGUGGGAGUGAGCCCUGGUCCCGACAGCGGCGAGGCCGUGUGGCGACCGUGGUAG